AUGGAGACCUACGCGGCAACGGCGUCGCCACCCACGUGCGUGGACAAGCUCAGCCACCAACUCUUCUCCCUGCUCGAGAGCGAGUUCCUCAUCGGCGGGUGGUGCCCGUCCGGCCCCGGGAGGCCAGCGCGGGCGCUCCUCGACGGCGGCGGCCGCGUGCGGGUGCUCGCCAUCGACGGCUGCGGCGCGGGCGCCGAGGACGCACUCCUGGCCGCCGCGGCGCUCGCGAGGCUCGAGGCCAAGCUGCGAGACUGCACGGGGGACCCCGACGCGCGCGUCGCGGACUUCUUCGACGUGGCCGCGGGCGCCGGCGCAGGCGGCGUCCUCGCCGCGAUGCUGCUCCUCAGGGGCGCCGACGGCCGCCCGCGGUACUCGGCCCAGGAGGCGCUCGCGUUCGUCGCCGGCAUCGUCGGGAGGAAGGACUGGUGCGGCCGGAGCCGGCGCGGUGGGUUGGCGAAGCUCUUCCGCGGCUCUCGCGGCGGCGGCGACCGCAUGCUCCGCCGCGUGUUCGGGGACGCCACGCUCAGGGACACCGUGGCGCCGCUCCUCGUGCCGUGCUACGACCUCGGCACGGCCGCGCCGUUCGUGUUCUCGCGCGCCGACGCCGUCGAGAGCGAUAGCUUCGACUUCCGCCUCCGCGACGUGUGUGCCGCCACCUGCGCCGCGGGCGGCGCGCUCGCGAGCGUGAGGUCGGUCGACGGUGCCACGGCCAUCGCCGGGGCGUCCGGGGGAGUGGCGGCCAUGGGUAACCCCGCAGCGGCCGCCAUCACCCACGUGCUCCACAAUAAGCAGGAGUUCCCCCUCGCCACCGGCGUCGAAGACCUCCUCGUGCUCUCCAUCGGCGCCGGUGCCUCCUCGGCCACCGUGUCCGUGUGCGACGGGUCGAGCACGCCCAUGCCCACGCGUUCUCCGUCGCCGCGGGAGCUGGCGCGCGUAACCGCCGAGGGCGUCGCGGACAUGGUGGACGAGUCAGUGGCCAUGGCGUUCGGGCUCGCGUGCGGAAGCAACUACGUGCGCAUCCAGGCCGGCAAGGCGCCGGCGCCGCUCCACGCGGCCACCGCAUCCGCGGCAGCGGGAGCGAUGCUUGCGCAGCGGAACGUGGAGUCGGUGCUGUUCCGGGGGCGGAGGCUGUCGGAGCGGACCAACGCCGAGAAGGUGGACGCGAUGGCCGCGGAGCUGGUCAAGGAGCAGGAGCGGCGGAGGCGCAGCCCGCUUACGAACGUGGCCAUCAAACAGGUCGGCACGCCGCGCCUGUCGUCGGCGACCACUGCUUCGUCGGGCACUGCGACGGCCAGGACGGCGUCGACGAUGCCGUCUCCGGCGUCAUGGGAGUCGCGCAGAUAG